ACGAACAUUGAGUUGAAUAUAUAUAAUCACUUUUUAUCGAACUAUUUAAACGUCACACUGAAUAUCUAGCAAAAAUAAAAUUGCAUCUGAACAUCUUAAAUGAAAUAUUUAUACAUGCCAUUGGCUAAUUUACACAAAAUGUGAGGCAUUUAAUAAUUUCAAAGGUAUACACUUCUUACAAACAAACCUUAUAAAGACAUCAGUAACAUCCGCCGUGUGCCAUGCGGAACAUGUUCGGCUCGGCUUCAACGUGGGCAAAAAUUGCGCUCGCGUUCCUCGUUGUUGCCAUGGCGCUGCACGUGGCGGGAUUCGCUACGAACUACUGGAUGCAGACGGAGACCAUACAGGAGAACACAGUAUUCUCCACGGGGCUGUGGAAGGCGCUUAACUGCUCCGGGGGCCACGAUUCAGCGUGUAAUGACCUCGAUGUACCCAGUACCUAUAAUACAGGCUCGUUCAAAUGUGUGCAGGCGUUCGAAGCAAUCGUGCUCGUGCUGGUGGUUGUGGCCGCCAUCUUGGCCGUCAUGUACGUUGCCUCCGACCGUUUCCGGGAGCUCUCAGUCGCCGUGACUGUCGCCAUCAUAUGCUUCGUCUGUGUGACGUUGGCGAUUAUUGCGAUGAUCGUGUGGCUGGCCCAGAUCCCCUCCUUGCACUACCCCGGGUUCUCAUUCGGCCUCGUGAUCGUCGCCUUCCUCCUCAUCUUUCUAGCCGGGGUCCUGAUGAUUCCGGAUAUCCGGCGCUACCAGAAGAAUCGGGGAGGGAUAACUAAAGUCCGCCCUGACGAAGAUGGCGGGGCAUACCGGAUGCAGAAAUUUCAGGAGCACGAUCGCGCAGACAAUUCCUACAACCGGAAAUUCCGUAGCCCACCACCGGAAACACCAACGACGAAUAUAAGACAUUAUUACAACCCGAAUCGGGAGCCCUUUGUACGGUCGCCGCCGCCAGCCUACAAGACCAGCGCGACACCUCAGUAUCAUUCGUACGGACGGAGCGUACGGACGGAUAUACAGACGCCUGACGUCUAUCUUGGCAGGGACGGAAGAAAAAGAUAUUAAACAUGACAAUGUUGUUUGAUAUUCAAAACCAUUGAUUUUAUUGUGUUUUGUUGGAUACUUAGUGACACACGCGUUUUAGCUAUGAAAAUUGGUAACAUAAAAAUGAAGUUAAAGUGUAGGUAUGUUUUAGAUCAGCAUGUCCUUUUCUACGAGGACCUCUCCAUCACAACCAUUUUCAAUAUUUUUUCUAGCGUAUGGCACGACUGUUGAUCAUAUAAUUCUCGGCGAGUUAUCAAUCCAUGAUAUGAGGUGGGCUUUUUGAUAAAACAGAUAAUAAGCCUUCAGAUAUAAGUCAUCUAAUGUUAAAAUGUUGUUAUUUUCUAAGUAUUGCAUAAACAGAUUGUCUUCCUUAGCAAAGAAUAGUAACUUGCAAACUUGAGCUCUGAAAUGUAAUAGCUUGUAUAGUUUUAACAUUCGACAGCAAAUGGAUGAGCUCAAUGCUUGGGCACAGCCCGAAGGGAAGGCAAAGCCCGAACGAUGCCUUCGUUUUCUUGUAGAAUGCCUGUAAACAUAUCUACUGGGCGCAUGAGAGUUUGGUUUGUGGUCACCAAGCAGGACAAGUUGGUUUCCUCCCUGUACUCCGGUUUCCCCCUACAACACAAGAACACACUCUCGAGUUAUAUCGUUCCAACACGAGACUGUUGAUAUUAUUUCGUUAUAGCUUGUAUCACAAUCGUUGUAAAAUGAAUUUAAACUAACAUAUUGACGACGUUAAGUUGUACAAUAUUUAUGACUCAACACAAUCAAGCGAAAGUUUGAAUAAUACUCAAUCUUAAUUCAAUUAAUUCACAAAUCAGUGCAGAUACCAAAAGCUUAUAGGCAAUGGGCAGACUGUUCAGAAUUUGUUAAAGUUAACAGCGUUGUUAACGCCAUCGUUGAUAACUUUCUUUACUGCUCUUGAAAAUUCAUGGACACACUUGUGUUAUACAGUAUUUCUUACAACAUUUUUUAGACACUGUUUCAACUGGACUUGUUUAAUUUAAACAAACGAGCGCAUCAUCAAAUAUGUCAACUUUGAAAGUUAACAACGAUGCCGUUAAUCAUGUUGUUAACGUUUACAAAGUUCUGAACAAUGAAUUGUGCUUCAUCAUUUAAAGUCGGUAUAGUUUUUAAUACUUACUAUUCAAUUAGAUAAAACUGGUAUCUGUUGUUUUUAUAAAAUUAUUUACUCUUGUUGGAACUUUUCUACAUUAUUGUUAUUGUUGUUGAUAUAUUUGUUAUUUUUGUUGUUGAUUUUGGUUGAUUUGUAUAAUUUUGAUGUAUAAAUAGGUUAACACUGUAAUUAGAAACAUUGGUCAGAAACCAGCCAUGUAGUAGAAGCAUACCAAAAAUGUUGUUAUAUAUGAAUGGACAAUCUUUAAAAAUGCUGAUAAAAACAUCGCCUUAGUGGGAAAGUUGCCAAACCUGAAUAACAUGACGAGAUGUUCAACACAUACAUUUUUUAACCAUUAGAAACGACAUGUGCGAAAUAGUCGGAAACACGGAACAAAACAACUCUAACGGAUCUAACCUGAGACAAAAAUGAUAACUUAACAACGAAAAUGGAUCUGACCUGAGAUAAAUAUGAUAACUAAACAACGGGCAACGGAUCUGACCUGAGAUAAAAUGAUAACUUAACAACGCAACGGAUCUGACCUGAGAUAAAUAUAAGAACUAAACAACGAAAAUAACACGGACCUGAGAAAAAUAUAAUAACUGAACAACGAAAACGGUUCUGACAUGCGAUAAAUACAAUAAUAAAACAACGAAAACGGAUCGGACCUUAGAUAAAUAUAAUAACUAAUGAACGGAAACGGAUAUGACCUAAGAUAAAUAUAAAAAUUAAACAUCGGGAACGGAUCGGACCUGAGAUAAAUAUAAUAACUAAAUAACGAAAACGGAUCUGACCUGAGAUAACUAUAAGAACUAAAUAACGGAAAUGGAUAUGACCUGAGAUAAAUAUAAUAACUUAACAACGAAAACUAAUUUUACCUGAGAUAAAUAUAAUAACUAAAUAACGAAAACGGAUCUGACCUGAGGUGAUUAAAAUAAAUAAACAACUGUACGUAAAGGAUCUGACCUGAGACAACUUAAAUAACUAAACAAUAACUAAACAACACAUAAAGGUGAUCCAGAAAAUAUGUAUAAAUAAUUACGAUGGGAUAGUGACGUGUGCGAUCUUUUUAAUCUCGUGGCCCCGAAUUAGUAUCUCGAUCCAAGGGCUAAGUUUGUCGUGGCAACGAACAAGAGAUAAAUAAGCAAUGAAAACAAGAUAGUUUGUCGUGGCUAUGACAUACUUAGUCGUUGGAACGAGUAAUUAAUACGUAGCCACGAGUCAAAAAAUCACACAUGUGAUAUCUAUGCCACAGUAAAUAAUUAUCGUCUUGUUGUUAUGUAUUUAUAGCCUAAACGGUAAUCUCACUUCGUUAUAUUUCAUGGAUUUUAUUCUGUUUCACAAUAUUCGAGUCAUGUUUGAAUUAAAAAUAGUGUAUUAACUUUA